AGGGAGGAGAUAGCGUAAUCACGUACUUUUUUAUUGUAAUGAUCAAGUGGUUCGAAUUUUAUAUUCAAUGUGAUUAUCUGUAUAAUUUAUUAGAUAUUUAUUAUUUUUAUUUUAAUGUUCCACGAUGAAAAAAAAUAAUAAUAAUAAAAUUGCCCUUCCCCGCCAUGAAACCCUAAUUGGCCUCCCUCCAUCCUCACUGCCGUUCUCCCCAUCCCUCCUUCAAUGGACCUGGACAACUUCCAAGACGAGGAGACCCCCUCCUCGAUGGUGAUUCCCAAGUUGCUCCACCCCUACCCCUCAAUCCGCCUCGAAAUCCGCCUCUUCUACAUCAGGCUCGCCCCCUGCCCGGCCAUCGAUACCCUCCCCCGCCACCUCACCCUCCGCUGCCUCCACCGCCACCUCGGCAUCUCCCUCGAGAUCAACGGCAUCCGGUUCCCCGACCUGAAUCCCGCCACCCUUACCCUCAAGCGGGACAGGGUCGACAGAGACGCGCGCGAGGUCACCUACCUCAGUACUGACAGCGUCAGGAUCAGUGGCAGCGUUGAAUUCCAAGUGCUGGACAACGAGGAUGUGAUCCUCUGUGGUUCGCUUGAGCGGAUGGACGAUAAUUGGACCGACGGGGAUCCUGGUUUCGAGAAGAUUUCCAGGACAGGCUGGUCUAUGGACUGUUAUGCGGCAAACUCAAUCAGCUCCGGCAGGAAUUCUGGGGUUUCGGCCCCUUCCAUCGAGGUUUAUAUUGCAGGGUGUUGCUCGGGGUCACCGGUUAUAUUGACUAAGACGGUAGAGGUUAGCCCGAGGAGGAAAAGCUCCAGGCAGGGAAUGCUGGAUUCAAUACCGGAGGACGAGGAAGUCGGGAAGGAGGAGCGAACGGGAAAUGGCUUCCUUUGCCACACCAAUUCACAGGUACCAGGUUCAGAUGAAGAUGACUAUGAAUCAGACAUGAAAUACAGGCACAGUUUCUAUUCCCAAGACAUGUACGCUGGUGAGGAUGGUGAAAUAUCAUGGUUUAAUGCCGGUGUAAGGGUUGGGGUCGGGAUCAGCCUCGGUGUGUGUGUCGGUGUCGGGCUCGGUGUCGGGCUUCUCAUGCGGUCGUACCAGGCGACUACAAGGAAUUUCAGGCGAAGGUUCUUCUGAAGCCAAAAAUCUUCUUGCUUGGUGGGAGGUUUUUCGAGCCUGUUCAAUUGAGAUAAGAAGGCGCGUUUGAGACAGGGCAUGAAGCAGAGGACGGUUUGAAGUUUUGUUCGCUGGAGCUUUGUGCUAUAUGUAAGUUACUAUCAUAAUAUAGCUCAGAGGCUGUGUGGAAGUUGUACAGCGAUCUCUGUGUCAUCACAGUUUCACUCAUUACAUUCCAUGCAAAAUAUGGAGAGUCGAUACGCUGUUCACCAAAGGAUUUGUUGUGGUGCUGUAUAGAUAAGGUCUGGGUGGUUUGAGUCCCCUAUAGUCUGAGAAAGAAGGCAAAAGAUUGCGUGACGGGCCUUGAGGAGGAAAGGAACGGAGGAUGGUUGGAUUGUUCAUCUGUACUCGCUGUUAACUCAGCUCUUUUGUUUACUUUGUUUACAGUUGCAGCAAUGUUCUUUGUGUAUAGUGCAAAUGAAGAUCAUGUUCUGAUCUCAGUUUUGAGGGUACAUAGGGCGGGCAGGUAUGGCCUCUUCAAAAAAGAGUCUCUGUGUAUUUAUUUAGAUUUAGUUGCUGGAUCAAUUGAAUGAAUGAAUGGAUUCAUGCUAUGCUUGACAGAA